UCAAGAGUCCACACUCCAUACUAGCUAGCCAGUGUGAAAUUGUGUUAACUUUUUUUUUUCUCUUUCUAUUACUGAAUGUUCAACACACACCUUGUUUCAAGCGCUCACCUGUGAUCACUAACAUCGAACAGAGUGUUUCGUAACAGUAUUAGGUGAGGAAGAAUCAUAAUCAUAAUCAGAAUCGAAAUCAGAAUCAAAUGGGCGCACCAAAGAAAAGCGCCGCUAGGGUUUCAGAGGACCCCGAAGAAUUGGCGCGGGUUCCCUUGCAGGCCAUCCUCUUGGCUGAUAGUUUUACCACCAAGUUCAGACCUAUCACACUCGAACGCCCCAAGGUGCUGUUGCCACUCGUGAAUGUUCCAAUGAUAAAUUACACCUUGACCUGGCUCGAAUCUGCUGGUGUCGAAGAGGUUUUUGUUUUCUGCUGUGCUCAUUCCAAGCAAGUGAUUAACUAUUUGGAGAAAUCCGAGUGGUUCUCUCAGCCAAAUUUUGCUGUAACAACUAUCGAGUCACAGAAUUCUGUGAGCGCCGGAGAUGCGCUGCGUGUAAUAUAUGAGCAUAAUGUGAUACAUGGAGACUUUGUCCUUAUCAGUGGAGAUACUAUCAGCAACAUGUCGCUAACUCAGGCACUUCUAGAGCAUAAAGAAAGGAGGAAGAAAGAUAGUAAUGCUGUAAUGACCAUGGUCAUUAAACGGUCAAAACCUAAUCCAAAUAUUCAUCAGUCUCGACUUGGUACUGAUGAACUUUUCAUGGCCAUUGAUCCUGAUACCAAGCAACUUUUGUAUUAUGAGGAUAAGGCAGACCAUUCAAAAGGCAUUCUACAUCUUGACAAGUCAUUGCUUGUCGAUAAUCCGUCCCUCUCUCUGCACCAUGACAAGGAGGAUUGUUACAUUGACAUCUGCUCGCCAGAAGUCCUCAGCCUAUUUACAGACAAUUUUGACUACCAACAUCUACGGCGUCAUUUUGUCAAGGGAUUGCUUGUUGAUGAUAUAAUGGGGUACAAAAUUUUUGUUCAUGAAAUCCACUCAGACUAUGCGGCAAGGAUUGAUAAUUUCCGAAGCUAUGACACUGUCAGCAAGGAUAUAAUUCAUAGAUGGACAUAUCCAUUGGUGCCAGAUGUUAUGAAUUUUGGCAACACAGCUACUAAACUUGAACGACAAGGAAUGUAUCGUGCUUCGGAAAUAUCACAAGCACAAUCUGCUGUCAUUGGCCCGUUCACUGUUAUAGGAUCUGGAACCCAUAUUGGGAAUAACACUAAAAUUUUAAAUUCUGUUAUUGGAAAAGGAUGUAAAAUUGGAUCAAAUGUUCACAUAGAGGGAUGCUAUAUAUGGGACAACAUCACCAUCGAAGAUGGCUGUAGACUUAGACAUGCAAUUGUAUGUGAUGGCGUGACUAUGAAGUCAGGAGCUGUUCUGGAACCUGGUGUUGUUUUGUCUUUCAAGGUUGUAGUCGGGCAGGAGUUUGUUGUUCCUCCUUAUUCAAAAGUAUCUCUAUUACAGCAGCCAAUUGAAGAAGAUAGUGAUGAGGAGCUUGAAUAUGCUGAUAGUACUAGUGCCAUCACCAGCAAAGUGGAUAAGCUAGAUGUAGAGAUUGCUUCCCAAGUAUUGGAGACACAUUUUAGCCCUUCUUCGGAGCUAGGUGUGGGUGGGGUUGGUUAUGUUUGGUCAAAAUGUGAAGGGGGCCAUGAAGAAGAGUGGAGGCAUUCAGUGGCACCUAUUCCUGCAGAUAAAAUUUUGGAGGCAAUGAAAACCAUGGAAGAUGAUCUGGAGUUAACUCAUGAUGGCAGUAUUCUCCCACCUUCUGGAGAGCUGAAACCUAAUUCUAACAAUUCAGAUGAUGAUGAUAAUGAAGACUCUAGAGACGACUCUUAUUACUUUGAGAAGGAGGUUGAAGCAACUUUUCUCAGGGCUGUGCAUGAAAGCAUACAAGUAGACCAUUUGAUCUUAGAAGUCAACUCUUUGAAGUUGUCAUACAAUAAGCUAACUGCUGAUUGUGCUGGAGCUGUAUUUUAUGCAAUGAUGAAGUAUGCUUUAGACACCCCCCAUAGUUCAGCUGAUAGCUUGAUUCAGAAUGCCCAGGUUGUACUUAAAAAAUGGAAAAAGGUUCUUACAUCCUAUCUGAUUGACUUGGAUGAGCAGAUUGAAGUAAUACUAAAAUUUGAAGAAAUGUGUUUGGAAUCUGCUAAGGAGUUUGCUCCAUUGUUCACAAAGAUUUUGCACUACAUGUAUAAUGAAGAUAUUGUAGAAGAAGAUGCUAUUUUGAGUUGGGAAGAUGAGAAGAAAGACGCAGAUGAGUCAGAUAAAGUUUUUGUUAUGCAGGCCCAAAAAUUAAUUCAAUGGUUAAAAGAGGCACCCGAAGAAGACGAGGAGGAAGAAUAGAAAGGAUUUUGCGAGGCUAGAUACUCCUAUCUUUUUCCCGGUUCUUUUAUCUGGGGAACUUAAAAGGGAUUUUUCCUGGUUCUUUCAUCUGGGGAACUUAAAAGGGAUUUUUGUGCAUUCAUCUAUGCAGGAAUUUUAACAGGGGAGCUAUUUUGACAUGUUUCUUUGUAUAUCAUGUUGUGGAGGAAUAGAAUCUAAUGAAAAUUGAAGGCUUCCGAAGAACGCAAAGUCUCAAGUUUGUUACAAUGUAUGUCCACUUAUCUGUCAAUUUUAUCUACACAACAGGUCAAGUGUCAUGAAUGUCUCAAAUUUUUACUUUGACACCUUAAUC